AUUUGACUCGCUCCAGGGAACGUACUUUUCGGAUUGGAUUUCGGAUGGUCGGGUUGAUUAAAAUGUGAAAGAACACAUAAUGCGGCUGUUCAUUCGAAAUAAAGUCAAAUAUGAUCCUUUACAUGCUGGUAAGCCGUUGGUGUUUGUGGAAAUCCCCGAUCCUCGAGAGUUUUCAGUUGGUCAGGUGAAAGAGGUAAGACUCAAGUUUUCGCUGAUCAUCGAGCGUAAGAUGAGCUAAUGUUUGCUUCUGAUAACAGCUUUCCUCCCGUUGAACGUUACCUCUGCAACUUUUCUCCCACUAAGCUUAGUACUUUCACAACGUAUGUGUGGAAGUUGAUGUUUUUUUCGUCUGUUUAUAGUGUUAUGUGAUCUUUCUGUUUUACAUGUAAACUAACACAACGGUGACACACUUGUUUGGAUUCAUGUGAAUGCAGGGGCGGAUCUAGGGGGAGGGUGCAGGGGGUGCGCACCCCCCCCCCUGAGAUUACCUGCGGUUUUCUUAUACAACUGGUAUUCUGCCAAAAAACAAACUAUGUGGUUUACUGGUGUUGAAGUGGAGCAAAAGACGAGCGCACCCCCUCCUAAAAAAAAUCCUGCAUCCGCCCCUGGAAUGUAUGACGAUAAGCUUCUUUUUGUGUUGUGGCCGGGUUGGGGGGUGGGGAGGGGGGGGGGGUGCGUUGAGUGAAAGAAAAAGCUUGCCAGAGUAUCAUGAGAAUACGUGCAUGUACUCUUGUUUAUAAGAACUGGAGUGAAGUGAUCAGCAGCACAUUGUUGACUCUUUAAAACAAAACCCUAAUAUCCACAAACAAAUUCUCCAGACUGAACUCCACACAUUUCCUUGAAUUAUUUGCGAGAAUUUGGUAAUUUUUAAUAUCAAAGUGAUUUCCCUUGGCUCUCAUUACUUUAGUAAUUCUCAUAACCCUUUCCCAUGCUGAUAUGUGAAUAUGUUAGGAGAAAAUUGAUGAUGGUCACUUGUAACCCUUAAAGGGUUAAAGAGCAUGACAGUUAUCUGGUUAUGACUUAGUUUAACCUAAGUCAUAACCAGUUAACUGUCAUGCUGUUUAACUAUACUGAGAACUCCACAGCUCGGGUAUGGGGAGAGGGGUACUUUAGGAAUUUCUGGUUGGGGAUGUGCCGCUGGACCCUGGAACCUGUAACCUAUACCAGAGCUAGUUCAGCUGAAUUUUGCUACCCUAUACUAGAGUAAACUCCCCAAAUCCCCCCUCUCCUAGAGUAGCUGUUUCCCUAGUCUAGAUAAAAUCUUUAACCAACUGAUCAGUUCCUGAAAAAUGAUACCCUAUUGUAGACCCAAACGCUCUGAUUUAUAUACCCUUUCCUAGAGUAAACUGCUUGAAAACCAUACCCUUCACAGCGGCACAUACCUAUAUAGCCCAUAUAUGGCAGUACCCCCCCCCCCACCCCCACUGGGCUCCACAGAACAACCUUCAAGCAUGAAAAAUUUUAUUGAAGGUGCUUUUUGUUACUCUUACAUUAUAUUAGUGCUUGGUGAAAAUGUUGUCACGGCAUUUGGUGUAGAUUCCUAAGGCACAGCAACGAAAACUCCACCUUCUACAUUUCUUCCAAUUUCAUUGGCCAGAACCCACAAAGGCCAUCAGAAAGUUGUUGUAAAGUUUUAGUGCAAUGCUGUCUCGUAGAUUUCAAGUUGAUGGUUAUAUCAAAUACGUAGGCUUGGAUUUGAGUACAAAACUGACCAUUUUGCUUCUAUUUUACUAUAAAAGUAGCUGGGGUCAUCCUAGUAGUAGACAGGCAAAAUCCCAAGUCCAAGCCAUUAAUGAAAGCCCUUGACUGAAAUUACCUACAGCAUCUUUGAAAAUGGCUGAAUUAGCAUCUCUUUUUGAAUUAUCACUCCCCUUGAGGCUGAAAAUAUUAGUUAAGCUGUUGCCUUAAAGUAAGUGCCCCCCCCACACAAUCCUCCCCCCAAGAAAGAAAAUAUCACUGAAUAUAUGGUAAAGAAGUAGAAUAGAACAAUUUCAAUACCAGUGGUAACAACUUUUAGGAUUUCUAGUGUGCUGUUACAGUUCUUAUUUAGGUAGUGGUUAUUACAAUUGCUGGGAGCUAGGGGGUGAGGGCUGAGGCCUAUAGGUGCUGAAAUCGGGACAGCUGAGUAGCUAAUAAGAUUACAGAAUUUUGUUUAAGUUAUGAGUAGAUGGAAAAUCCAAGGUAAACAAUUCUGAUGGCAAUGAGCUUUACAGGUGUUGACAGUAAAAAAGGCACACAAAACUCUAAAAUCAACUCUGCGCUUUUAUGAAAACAAGUCAUCAAAUUUGGUACAUACCAUUAAGCUUGGGUGAGUCUUUGCAACUGAAGGCUCAUGCUUGAUAUGCAGCAUGAAAUAAGAUGGCUCGUGAGAAUAAAAGCAUCAUUGAACAGCUAAUAAAGCUGUCUAUUCAGUAAAACUCUACUCACUACUUACCAAUUAUACCUAUGGGGUUUAACAUUGUUUUCUUUCUUAUUGUGUUAAUUACAAGGAAUUUAAGAAGAAGGUUAGGGCAGCUAAAGUUGACUCUCUCUAUCAUCGCCAAGCUGAUGGGUCCUAUGAGGUCUUAGCUGAUGACAGGUAAGAACCCUCAUUUCAUUCCUACACAUCACGUUGAGUUAUGUCAAGGCAAUGGCAACAACCUUUUGGUUAAUUCUCACAGUAACUGUUUCAUUAAUCCUGCUGAUGAAGUCAAAUUGUCAAAUUGGAACUUCAAAUGUAAAUUUACAUCUAGAAGCAGCUUUUCCAGUAUCAAUGUCUUUAAAAACUUUUUGAAACAAACUCUGAUAAGCCUUUUGCAAACAACAUUUGACAUGGAAUGUCCGUGUACUUAGUCACUUGUAAGAGCAUGUGACAAAAAAAAACAUUUCCAGUUAUUUCUGCUAUGGAAGAAUAUCAACAUGACUAACGACUGCCUAGGGGGAGAUUUCCUUACUUUAGCUACAUUUGAGACUCAACAGAAUCACAGAUAAGGCUAUCAGCUUGGCAUGAUACUCAGCCAGAAUGCAUUGUUACACUUCCUGUGACAUCUUCCACUGGUUGACAUCCUCAGGUGGGGGUCUGGGUCGGGAUCUGGAGCUGUUGGGGCUGCAACUGUGGCCGGAGUGGUCUCCUGGACGCAGGUCAUGCAGGGGUUGGUCUACUGCAAUGUGGACCCUGUCUGUGGUAACAGUGGUUUGCAGUUUUUUAUGUGGGACAUGAUAAGGAAAGGUCAAUAACUUUGUGUAGAAGUGUUUGCAUUUUGCUGUCUUCAAUUUCAGGCCAAAAUCACAGAGACGUUUAAGGACAAUUUCUGAUCUCUUAAAGAGUUUUGUUCAAUGUGUUACUGAAUACUAUAAUAUAGUGGCAGCAAACAAGGUAUAUCUUCAGAUUUAGACCAGCCAGACUCCUCUCCAUUAGUCUCUGAAAGGUAGCAGGUGCAUUUGUCAACCAGAAAGGUAUCCUGCUAAAUUGGUCAAGGUGGAAGGGUGUGGUCAAAGCAGUCCCUCCUUCUCACAUCCCUACUUGUAGCUAACCACUGUGAAGAUCCAGGGAACAAACCAUUUUGCUCCAUUCAAAGCUUCUAGUGUUUUACCUAUCCUGAGAAUUGUAUAGGCAUCCCUCACUGUUUAAGAGUUGAUAUUGUGAAAGUCAACACAUACUAUCAGUCCACCAUCAUUCUUCCAACCAAAUUAAUAUAACUGGCAAAAUGUAAGGGUUACAAGACUUUCAUUUGACUCCUGCUUCCAACAGUGGGUGACCUCAGUGGUAUUACCUAGGUCUGUACUGUCUUAAGAAAACUCAUUUGACAUACUUGUCAGUACCUCUUUGACUUGGUCUUCCUGGUUGGAACUCAGUGUCAUGGCACUUAAAACCCAAUGUCAACCUUUUCGCUGGGUUCUGACUUGCUUUGUGCCUCAUAAACUUCAAGGGCAACCUGGAGGGAUGCCAAGUUGUCUUUUGGAGGCAACAGGACCAGCUGUGCUGAGUGAUGAGUCAACUCAACAGUAAUUUGAUAAGUGGAACCAGCAGGUGCUGAAUUGAUUAAACCAGGUGUGACUUCAAGAGUGGAAUGGUGUGGCCUUUUAUCAAGUGGUUCAACUAUGACCUUAAUCUCUUCUGGGCAGGUAUGUGUUGGCCCCCAGAGAACCACAGUUUGAUGGGCUGCUAUGGUAGCAAUAAAUUGAGUAAUGGAACUUCUUGCACAUUUUGUAGACAAUAACAAAGGUACAUCAUAAUUUAAAAGUUCUUUGUGAACUCAGCCUCUGGAUAUUAUCCAUAUUUGCUAAUCGGCGGACAUCCCUGAAGAGAGGCCAACAAGUUUAGUGAUUAUUAAUAAUCAACUUAGUAGUUAUGACUGCAUCCUCUUGAUAAUCAUUUCAGGACUGUUGGCUUCUAUAAUAUCCAGGAUAAUGCAAUCCUGGAGACAACAAGCAAUCCUCUGUGGGCCGCUACCAUCUACUACAGAUUGAGAGAGGUAGAAAGAGAUGCCGCUGCUAAUCAGUUAGAUGAUGCAAGGACCAACAGGGGACUGGAGCAAUCAGUCAUACAAAAGUACAUGGCACUGGGCAUACUUUUUAAUGGAGGCAACAAGUAAGUAGUGGUGAUGUGCAAGAAUUACUUUCCAUCCACAUUAUGCAUCUUAUGUGAUUUUAUUUUAAGCACCUUAAACCUUAAUUCUGUGGCAGAAGUAAAAAAUUUAAAGACACGAAUUUGGAAAAACUGAUCAGUAUAAUUCAUUGCACCAAAUAUUUUCCUAUUAUCAGCAUGCCUUGAUGUAAAGGACUAUUUACCUCCUUUCAUACAAGUUUUUCCCUUAUUCCUGUCCAAGUUCCAAUUCCUUGUUAUUUUUAAAAUAGAUGGUUAUAAGGGAACUGGUACUAUUAAUAAUUUUCAAAAGAUAAAGUAAAAUAUGAGCAUUUACCUUUCCCUAGAUGUAAUCUUCCCUGUGAGAAGGCUGCUGGUUGUGUUUACUGUUAAUGUGGUUAUUGAUAAUUUUUUAAACGGUCAGUGUAAAACGCAGGCUGCAGACUAUUGUUUUCACCAUGCAAAUAAGUAUGUGACAACAAUAGUCCCAUUGUUUGCUAACCCUAUAAGUAAGUAAGUAAGUAAUUUUAUUUAAACACAUAUCGCAUAUGAGCGAUAGCUCGUUUAAAUGCAAAUGUGCCAUAAAAAUUACAAUGUGAUAAUUUACAUAAUCUACAUGUACAACUGAUAAAUAAAAAUAAGAAAUAGAAAAAUUAAAUCAACUAAAAAAUAAUAAUAAAACAAAUGGUCUGCAUUUUACGCUGCCCCCUUUUUAAAAUAAUGUUUGUUACAUGCAAUAGCUUAAUCACUGUGAUGUUAACUGCAUCUUUUCAUAGUCCUGAACGACAGCAUCCUCCAUUUUUUGAAGAGUUAGAUCAGUUAUAUGAGCAUCUCCAAACUGCUGGCAAAAAACCAGUUCACAUGUCUCAGAGAACCUUGGACACUCUACAGACACUGAAAGAUGAGUAUGAACAGAAUGACAUCCAUGAAAAAGAUGCUAUUGGACGUUUUGUUAACCGGCAAGCUGCUAAACUAGGGCUUGUGCAUGCAACAAGUGAGUGAUGCUCAUUCAGUGCAUAACUGCAGUAUUUGGACAUCUGUCUUAUCUGAACCUAUUAAUUUGUAUCUGAGUCUGAAUCAGUAAUUGUUGGCUUAUGUGAUUAAGUGUCUGACUGGUUAUCUGAAGACAGGGACACACAUUUUCCGCCUACACUGUACUCUCCUGACAUACAUUUUUUAUGCUUGUUUUUGAUCUUUUAUCAUUAUUUUACAUGGUUGUUGUCCAGUUUUAAUGCUUGUUUAGUAAUGAACUGGAUGUAAAUGUUACAUCAUUCUGUUUAAAUUUUUUGCACUUUGCCUUUGCCUUCCUCUACAGUUGUCCACAGCUAAGUUCCUUUCUAUUUUGCACAGUUUCCAUUACGGUGCAAUUAACUUACAAUGUAAAACAGCUAUCAAAAACAGUAACUUAGAUUAAAACUGACAUUCCCAAAUACAUUGUAUUUUAAACACACAGUCAAUGAGACCAAGUCUACUCGGACCUUGUUUACUGUGGGUAAUGUCGACUGAGAUAUCGGUCGACAUAGCGGUCGACAGUCGGUCGAUAGUCGGUCGAUAGUCGAUGGAUGGUCGGUCGAUAGUCGGUCGAUAGUCAUAUAGACUAUCGGCCGAGUAUCGGUCGAUAUUUCGUUGACGCACCUCGACUUACUAUCGGUCAUAUGUCGGUGAUAUAUCGGUCAACUGUCGGUGAUAUAUCGGUCAACUGUCGGUGGUAUAUCAGGCAACUGUUGGUGGUAUAUCGGUCAACUGUCGUUCGAAUAUUAGUCGUGUGUUAAUUUAUCAGGUGAGUCCAAUGGCUUUUUAUUGUUAAGCAAAGACGUCAUUAAUUACUGUUAUCAUGCGAUGGGGAACAUGUGGCAGUGCAAGGCGCGAUUCCGCUAUGAAGAGAACCGAAGAGCACUGGGAACUAAGGACAUGUCGACCAAUUACUGACCAACACAUCAGUCAAGUAUCGACCAACUAUCGACCAAGUAUCGGCGAAGUGUCGGCGAAGUGUCGGUGAACGAAAAGCUAUAUCGGCCGAGACACAUCUGGAACGACUAUCGGCCGUGUCUCGACCGAGUGUCGACCCACUAUCGACCGCUAUAUCGACCGACUGUCGACCGAGUGUCGACCAACUAUCGACCGAGUGUCGACCGCUAUAUCGACCGAUAUCUCGGUCGACAUUACCCACAGUAAACAAGAUCCGUCUACUCUUUCAUGGUUAGUUGCUUAUUCAAUUUACCCUUCUUGGUGCUAUGAUGCAGACAUGGGCUCUAUUUGUUUUCCAGUGGUUCUGUAAUUUCUUUCUUCUUUUUCUUUUCUUUUCAUUUUAGGUUCAAAUGUAAAUGGUGAUAGUGGAGCUGCUGCUGAAGUGCAGAGGUAAAGGGAAACACUCACCUGUGUGAAUAUGCUGUUAUGCAAUGACAUCUUGUACCACUUACUGUCUUGUUAUUCAAAACAACUACACACUAUAAUUGUGCAAAAUCCUCUAACAUGUACAUUAUUAUGAAAAAGUUAUACUGCUUGCUAAACAACAGUGUAGACCAGCCCAACUGUCUUAUUUUUGUGCCUUUAUAGAGUCCAAGUAGGUGGCCGAGGAAAGGGUAACAGAGUCACUGUAGACAAGGGAAAAAGACCAGCUGCAACUGGCAGAGGUGGCAGAAAGGCCCCUCAGAAGCAAAGAACAUGUGAGGACUGUGAGGAAAAUGUAGCUACUCACUUCUGCGCUGAUUGUCAACCACCUUUAGUUCUUUGUGAUGACUGUGCAGCUGUACUUCAUAGAGGAGCACGAAGGCGAAAUCAUCAAUUAAAAGGUGUGAGGGCAGGACACAUGAUUGAAGGGAGGAGCACAAAGGGGCUAGGAGUGGGUUACUAAGAUUAAAUCAAAACAAGAAACAAUGACAUCUCUUUGGCUUAAUGCAGCACAAAGGUAACGGGGGCUUAGUGCCAAGAUGACAGUUUCAUGAAAGUGAAAGCUGAGUGUGAGAGACCUUGUUUUACUGUCUCAUUUCCACAAGUCACCGCCAGGUACUCUAAAAUAUUACUGUAGAUUAAGGGUACUCUAGUGAGAAGCCCAGAACAAUUAACUUGGUAAUAAAGAGCAAAAUUAAAUCUCAUUAUAAUGGACUUGUAGCAAAUGGCCAAGAAAUGUUGAGGGUUUAGUACAAUCGUUUUCUCAGCUUUUAUAGAACAAUCUUGUGUUGAGGUCAUGGCCUCUUUGUAUUGACAUUUGAAGGCCCCUUGUGACUUCUGCUAAACCUAGUUAUUUCUUUUUCCCUAUUGCUUUGUAUUGUCAAAGAAAGGUGUGGUUGAAAGUUCAAUAGGCUUUAUUAAACACACUACCUUAGUUUUUAUGCUCAAUAUACUUAAGCAGUUUGGUGCCAUAACCUGUUAGGGAUAUCUGCUCCUAAGCAAAGCAAAGACAAAUACACACUUUUUGUUACCUGCUCUUCACCUGUUAAAAGUCAAUAUGACAUAGGUACACUAACAAAUCUUCUUGUGUUCAUUCAGAUGUGACAGAAGCACCUACCCCAUCUAAGGGCUACACCCCUAAAGUAAGUAGGUAAAAAAGGGUUAGGUCAUUGUAUUUUUGCUGAUUUUAGUAAUUCUGUUUUUUCAAGCAUUCAAAUAAUUAUUACUGUCAAAAGCAACAUCUUUUAUUGACACCACUAAAUGAACAGUGGGUACCUUGGGUGUCCAAGGGCUUCUAGGCAAUGCCUAGAUUGAGUCCUGCUCCCAUGGUUGGCAAUCCUGCAACACAGCCAUGAGGCCCCAUACUAUAUUGAUGCAUUUGUGGGCUGAGUAAUAACACAAGAGAAAAAAGGGCGGAACCCCCACACCACCAGACCUGGGGCACGUACCCCAUCUCCCAGAAUGCUAUGCAAACAAUACCAGGAGAAAAAUCACCUUUCACAGUAAGGGGCUUGAGACACUAGUAGCAACAAGUUUUCUGAUAAGGCAUCACUGGACCACAAGCCUAAAUUCGUCAUCAGUAGAUCCAAGGAGCCUUGCUGAACAGUAGAUUGCAUUGUCCCAAUAUCAAUAUUUUCCCUGUGAUCCCACAUGUUAAAAAGAAUAGCGUGGAUUGAGGUAAUGGAUAAAAUUUGUUUCAUGAAUGAUGGAUGAACUGCCCAGGGUCAGAAGGUAGCAAACAAACAAACAUUAAAAUUACCCUGAACCAAAUAUAUGUAGCAGUCUGGACUAGAGGUGUGUAUCUCUUGCCUUUGAUGCCAGGAUAAGAUGACAUGCAGCACAAAAAAGGCAACUGGUUGUUAACUCACACACCCUUAAUAAUCCAAAGAAGCUAAGGCACCAUGCUUCCCACAUAAUUUCAUUUUGGCAUUAAGAGAUUCAUGGAUUUGUCCUUUUUAUGUCUUAGGUGUUAAGUUUAUUUUAUUUUUGCAGGCAUACAGAGCACCAUUUGCCAUGUUGGUGGCAUUUCAUAGGUAGGUACUGAUUUGUAAAAUAAUACAUAGAUUCAGCCAGGGCUAAAAGCGAAGCUCUCCAUAUUAUUUAUAUUUUGUUCAAACAAAAUAUAAAAUUGUGUAAUGCUAAACGGUGCAGGCAACGCCGGAGAAUGGUGAAAAACAACAAUAGGUCUAAUUAGCAAAAAAGGAACUUUGCACGUGCAGCACACUUUUUUUGUACAUUUCUUUGCUGUUGUCUUGUACGACUGCAACGUGAACCUUCCAGAAACUUCUUAGUUACAUAUUUUGUGGACUGAAAUGUUGUACGCUUUCUUGUUCAUUUUUUUUUCACUGCCGCUCACUUUCACCUUGCAUUGGUGGCCGCUAGCAUUUCUUAUUUUGUCACCACCGCUACAAAAUUGUCAUGUUGUUCUUCCAAGGAAAAAAUUUCUCCUUUGUUUUUUAUCUCUCGCUCUAGAUAUAUGUCGCCCUUUAUCUCAUUGAGCUUCGCUGGCCUGCCGCCUACUUUCUCUUUUUCUCUGUCUUUCUCUUGCUCUAUAUUCCAAAUUUGUGGACAUAAUGAAUCUAAGCUUAAUCCAUUUUCGUCUUUAUUGACUCUUUAGUUGUCUCUGCUUCACAAGACGCAGGUGGCUAUGCAAUUUCCUGUCAAAAUAACCUCAAGUUACAUUUGGGUUGCCAUACCUGUUGAAUGAGUUAUUUUACAUUGGGAUGCCUGUGGUGUGGAUGGACGGUCGGGCGGUCGGCCGUUGUGUACAGUCACAUGAUUACCAAAUUUUCUCGGAUGGGUAGUUUACCACAUUUUCUUACCCAUGGUGCUCCGCUGCAUGCGCUUCGCACACGAGAACUCUGCUAUAAAUUUAUUGCAAUGAAGCCUCAUUUCAUUCAUGAUUGAGAAGUAAGCAGUUUGUAAUGUAAGCAGCUUGUCACAUGCCAAGACCAAUACCUGCAAGGUCCCGUUUGUUUGUUCACUUGAGUCUUAUAGACAUCAUGACAACAAAUGUGUGACAGAGCAAGCUGGCUCGCUAGUCAGGUGUAAUGAAGUAACAAAUGUAAAAAUACCAAUCAGGCUGGUUUGACUGCCAGUUAUACUUAGUCUUGUAAUGAGGUCUCAUUAUACACCACAAAACAUUUAAUUUGAAUUUAUGAACUUGAAGAAGACCAUCUCUUUACAAUUAUUCAUCUCACCAGUUCUGUUUAUACAUACAGGGCUGCUAAUGAAGUUCCUAGUAAAAUGAGUUUAACUGCAGAUGAACUGAAAUCCAAAGCACAGCCUUUAACAAACACAGACUUGGAAAUCAAACAAGGUAAAUAAUGUCUACAGCACAUCAAGUUAAAGAUAGAUUUGUGUGUAGAUUUAACAACAUUUAUGCCUCUACAAUUUGUCAGACUUGAUAAUGGUGUCAUGACGACUCAUUUUUUUCCCAACAGUGCUCAUUGUCAUUGGUUACUUGAGGUCACAUUUAAUCUCAAUGUUUCCCUUUGCUGCACCUCAGGAAACAUUGAGAUUCUUGGGAAACAAAUUAACUGUUUCGCUCGUGACCAAUCAGUGUUUAUUAAUACAAGGUGAAAAGUUAUUGAUUAAUAUGCUAAAUUUUUACGCUUAGUUAGAAGUAUCAAUAAAACCAUUGUGUUCAUUUUGUUAUAGAUUCCACUCCAAAAGAAAAAAGUGUUUUGGUUGUAUGUUUUAGAAGGGUCAGUUUUUAUCUUUUUCUGACUUGCAGGAAGGUGGUUUGGAGGAUUUGACUCGCUAGAAAAUGCAUUAAUGAAGAAUGAACUUGUACGAAAGGAAGCAAGAAAUCCAAAGUAUAUACACCUAGUUGCAAAAAUGUUGUCAUAGGAAAAUGAAAAAAGGAAAAAGCCAAAUAGGAAUUAAGUUGGGUGAUAACCCUUACGAAUUCAUUGGCAGCGUCUGCACAUGGACAUCAGUCGUAUUUGCCUGUUGGAAUUUUGCUAUUGUUUGAAAGCCGAAAGACAAUAACACUCAAAAUUCCAGCGGGGAAAUGCAACGGCUGCAAAUGAAUCCACCAUGAGAAUGUGGCUUAAUUAGCCUAUUUAAUUCCUAUUUGGCUUUUUCCUUUUGUCAUUUUUCUAAGACAACGUUAUUGCAAUUAGGUGUAUGCAGAAUAUUAGCACCUUAUCUGAGACUCAUUUCAUCUCUUACUUUACCCACAUACAGUAUUCUUAAAAUCAGCUUUUAAGGUGAUUCCCUGGUUUUGCACUGCGCAUCUCUUACUGCACAUAAUAAGAUGGCCGCCGUAAAACAGAGCAUUUGAAGUAACAUUAUUAAAAUGAAGUUGACUGAAGAGAAACGGUAUUGGAAUUUUUGCUUGUGGUUGUUUCUUGCCGAGGUGAGACUCAGUGUGUUGGGAAUGUGCAUAACGUAGGCAGUACACGUGUUGCUGAGUUCGACUUCCUCACGGAGAAACUCGAUAGUGGAUGUUUAACUUGUGCUUACUCACUUUGAUUUUUAUUUAAAUGCUUUCUUUAUCACAUUGUAUCCUAAAUGUGAUAUCUCGAUGUAAAUUCUGUAAAAACAGAUUUUUUAAUACUUUCUUCCCCCUUUCACAUACAUUCUUUUUUGAAACUCGCCCCAGUCCUCUCUCAAAAAUCGGAGAAAAUGCAUUUGGUGCACACUUUCUGCAGCUCUACCGCAAAAACGAGUACGGUGACCCCCAUUUUUUAUUUCAUGAUUUUAAUAAGGACAGUGCUUCCUUUCGAUGAGAAAAAAAUUGGCACAAAUCUAUGUUCAGUUUUUUGGCAAUUUUACUAAAUUUUACGGAUUGAGCUAUCACGGGUCGAAUAGCGCGUGUCCAAUUCAAUUCUACUUUGGAGCAUAAAAUAAAAACAGGAGCAUUUAAAGGUAUUUUUCUGGUAUGUAAGUGGAUAAACAAUAUAAUAAAGUCAAAUUCUGUGCGAUACCACAUGCAUCAUCAAAAAAAUCUCUCGUUUUUGUCUAGUUUGGGGCUGCGCGCGGUUUUUGACAAAGGGUCCAAAAUAGCCUUAUUUCUCAGCAUUGUGACGUAAAAACGAGCACGGUGACCCCCACUUUUUAUUACUUUUUUAUCAUCUUCUUGACUUAUGUUACAUCAGUGUACCAAGUUUCAUCUACAAUCUAUGUUAGGAUCUUUUACUAGGGAAUCACCUUAAAAUUGAUUUUUUAAGCAUAAAUUACUCCUUAAAGGUCUCAGCAGGGCACUUUUAGGUCCGUGUAUGGUAAUGACAAGCUUCAUUCCAUUAUUUCUGCUUCAACAUUGUACCAGUCUACUCUGUCUUCCCCUUGAAAGUGUCUUGACUGGUAGCUACCUUGACCUAGUUUGGUCCUGGACUGCAAAUGCCACUAUGUGGAAAACACAACGAGCAAGAACCUGUAUUGUCUUUUCUAAUCUCUUGCUAAUUUGAAGGAAAUUUGUUUUCUCCUGUAUGUGUGCUACAACAAAGCAAGAUCGCCUCUGUUGAUGUAGCAUCUCUGUAUCUUUUCAAUUGCAUGCAGAGAAUUAGAGUGUGCAAGGUCUUGGACUUUCUCCAUAUACAAGCUGCCUCAUUAAAAUCCUCAACAUUGUUCCCAGGGUUCUUUAAGUUCCUGCCUCCUUUUCGGGUUCCCUGAUUACAUGGUGGUUAAGAGUGAACAUGUUCCUCGCCCACCUCUGAAAAAGGGCUUGAUCAGAUGACAAUUCCAGAGACAUGCCAAGGUGGCCAAAAAGUCUUUACCUAAGUGCAUUUGCUACAUAACCGCUUCCAUGCUGGGACAUGGUUCCCUCUCUGGCCACUUUCUAAAGUAGUUCGCUGCUAUGGACAAGUUUGUAAUGUUAUCAGCAAACUCUUGUAGUGGUAUAAGAUUGUUGACUGUGGCACAUUCAAUCCUCCUGUGUAUCGUGUAUGAGGAUAAUGUUGCCUAGGCUUUCUGGCUGCACACAGAUUUCAUAAUCUACACCAUUCCUCCACAUCAUGUGUUUUUUUUUGCCCUAGACUGGAUUGUGCUAAAUGACUUGUUUAUUGCUAGAUGUCCCUCUGUCUGUGAAUUAUCAUGGAGUUCUAUAGUGCUGGUGGGAGCAAUCAGGAAAAAAACCGAGCUGUAGACUGGACACACCUUUCAUCAGUCACCCGAAAGUUACAGGUGCAGUGUACAAUCCAAGUGGCAUUAUGAGGCCCACAACCCAUUUUUUCUUCUCUCUAUCUUCUGGGCUGAUUGUAACUUGCCAAUACCCACUUUGUAAAUCAAGCGUUGAAAAUCUUUUUGACCCUGAUAGUUGAUCCAGUGUGGGCAUUGAGGCUCUCAUCUUGCAAUUGAAGUCUUUCAUCAGUAUGUGGUUAUUUUGGAAAGUUUUUUUUUUUUAUUUUUUUUAUUUUUUUUUUAUUUGCUUUACUUAACCCAAUAAUUACAAUAUUGAACACUGCUUACACUGCUUACAUUAUUUACAACAUUCAUACCAUACUUACAAUACUGACAAUACUUAUUGCUUACAUUGCUAACAAUACUACUGUUUUCAAACAUUAUUACAUUUCGUAUGCUUCAAGUACUCAGUUGCAUCGGAAGAAACUUAUUUAAGGAUAGUUGGCGUUAUUGAGGCAGGAUAAGCUACGGAUGAAAGACAUAGAGAAUAUCAGGGGCGUUGGGAAUAGCGCCAUGGUAGAAACGAUAGUUUCUACGUGAUGUCGUGUAGGAAUGACCAUUGUUUGGGCAGAACAUUGUUUGCUUCUGCUUGUGCUUGUAUGUUGUAAAUUGUCUUUAGGUGUUUGAGAAAUCCUUGCAAUAGAGGUAUAGCUUCUUUUGUUUUGCAGAGCCAGAUAUAGUGCCUGGCAAUAAGAAAACAAAAGUUGAUCUGGCGUUGAAGUUUAGAAGAGUCUGAUCUCAGGCCUAGUGAAACAGUCAUGUCUGCAGAGUAACUAUCGGGAAUAAUUUGGCAAAGUUUUAAUCGCGUUAUGAUGCUCUCCCAGAAGAGCGCCGUUUUGGGGCAGGACCAGAAAAGGUGUACGAGUUUUUCUGGUUCUUUUUUACAAAAGGAGCAGUUGGAGUUUUCUUUUACUCUUAUCUUAGUUAAGAAAGCGUUUGUUGGUAUUCUUCUGUGCAGCAAUUUAAAUUGAAAUUCCCUGAGUUUUAUGCUUUUUGUGAUUUUAUGAGCUAGCUGGUAGGUCGCACCCCACGUUAUUUCGUUUUGACCUAAGUUGCAGUCUUGAUUCCAUUUUUGCUGGCUUGUAGUAGGGGGGGCACUUUUCUUUGUAAUUAAUUUGUCAUACACCAACUUGCUUGCUUUUUGGGCUUUCAUUAGUUUUGUCGAAAAGCUUUCGUAACUAUUACCUUCGUUUGUGUGGUCACCUUGGUUGAAUGUGUUGCAUAGCUUUUUAAGAGCAGAAAUUAUUCCACAGUAUGCCAAGGGUUGGACCUUGAUGUCGUAUUUGUUUAAAAGUUCUGGUGGAGUGAGGAAUUUUCCUUCUCUGUUCCUUAAGUGCUUAACUUUUGUGAUGCCUUUACGAUACCAUUCUUUAAAGAAAAUAGGGCUGUCGUUAAUCCUUACAAGUGAGUUGUACCAUAUGCCUUGUUCUGAAAGCUGGCUCUCUGAUGUUAUCCUCUCUUCAAAAUUGAUUUCUGACCAGAUUAGGAGAAUUUCCUUUAAGAAACUGUCUUGCGUUUUGAAGAUAUUAGCUAUGUCUAUCUUAUUAAGGUUGCUUGUGAAAGGUAGGGUACACUCAAACUUUUUCAGUUCAAGAUCUAGAAAAAGUUUCCAUUUACCCUGAUUAUCUGUAUCCAGGUACUUUUUUAUCCAAGUGGUUUUUAGCGCUUUAUUGAAAGAUAGUAUGUCAAUCAUUUUGAGGCCACCUGCUGGGUAAUUGUUAAUCAUAAUAUCUCGCUUUAUUUUAUCGCCCUUUCCGUUCCAAAGGAACAAGUAAAAGAGCUUGUUAAUCUCGCUAAUUAUUUUUUUUUUGUUUGUGCACAAGGGUGCCAAGACGUACACAAUUUGAGAAGCUACCAAGCUUUUCAGAACAGUGAUCUUCCCACUUAAGGUUAAUCUACGGUAUUUCCAGUUGCUUAGAAUAUUGUUAAUUUUUUCCAGUUUUUCCUUAUAAUUUAGAAGUACAGUGUUUUCAGGGUCUGUCGUAAACCAAACGCCUAAAGAUUUUACUUUGUUUGUUUGCCAUCUGAAAUUUCUUUCUGGAAGAAGAAUUUCUGUUUUUCCACUAUAUGUUCCGAUCCAAAUUGCUUCUGUUUUUUUUACUGUUGAGUUUGAGACCCGAGGCUUCUCCAAAAUCGUCGAGUGUGUUGAGAGCAGCUGAGAGCGACGUUUGUGAACCAUUCAAUAUUAAGGUUGUAUCGUCUGCAUAUUGACUUAUUUUAAUUUCCUCUUGGUUAACGUGUAUUCCUCUGAUAUUGCUGUUUCUUUUAAAAGCCUUGGCUAAGACUUCAACUGAAAGAACAAAUAGAUAUGGAGACAACGGGCACCCCUGCCUGACCCCUCUUUCAAUUUUAAAGAAAUUGCUUGUCCAGCCGUUGUUUAAGAAGCAGCUCUCUAUGUUGCUGUAAAGGCAUUUGACCCAGUUUACAACACUUGGGCCGAAACCGAAGUAUUGAAGAGAAUUUAUGAUAAAAGGCCAUUCAAUCGUGUCAAACGCCUUUUCGAAAUCAAGAAAUAAUAAUAGCCCUGGGAUAUUUUUUUCUUUGGUAAAACGAAUAACAUAGUCUAUUAAUCGUAUGUUCUCGCCAAUAAACCUGCCUUUCAUAAAGCCAGUUUGAUCACAACUGAUGAGAUCGGGAAGAACCUUUUUCAGCCUGUUAGCCACGGCCUUUGCUGCAAUUUUGUAGUCGCAGUUGAGAAGAGUAAGCGGUCUCCAGUUUUUAAUGAAAUACGGCUCAGCGUCUUUCUUGGGAAUGAGUUUGAUUACUCCUCUUCUUUGUGUGAUGGAAAGCUGACUCGUUUCGUGCGCAUAAUUAAGAGCAUUAAUCAAUAAGUUUGAUAUGUUUGUCCAAAAUACUCUAUAAAAUUCUGCAGGUAGCCCAUCAGAUCCAGGGUUUUUCCCUGUUCCAUGGUUUUCAGGGCUGCAAGGCAUUCCCUUUCAGUUAGCAGGCCUUCACAGUUGUUCCGUUGUUCGUCAUUCAGGACGGUGUCGUUUUCGUGUUUAAAAAAAAAUCAUAUGUGUCAAUUAAAUUGUGUAUAUUUCUGUUGGAUGUAUAUAGAUUCAUAAAAAGAUUCCCCUUCUGCUAAUAUUUCCUGAUCCGAAGUAAUAAAGUUAUUUUCGUCCACUUUAAGUUGGCUUAUAAUGCCUUGCUUAUAGUGUCUCUUUUCUAGGUUGAGGAAAUAUUUCGUAUUUUUUUCUCCUUCAUUAUGCCAUUUAAUUUUAGCUCUCAAUAUGGAACCUUUCGUACGAGUCUCAAUAAUUUUUUCUAACUCACUCUUUAGAUCAUUCAGUUGUUCUGCAAGUUCAGAAUUUUCUGUUACGCUAGAGUCUCCGUUCUCCAUUUUCGAUUCUAGUUUGGAAAUUGCAUGCUCUAGUUCUGCCUCACGGCCCUUUGUUUUCUUAGUUUUAUUCAUUGCGUAUUGGAGCGAUUUUUCCCGUAUUUUAAGCUUAAUCAUGUCCCACAAUAGAGCAGAGUUUACCAUGUCAUCGUUUUCAUAUUCGUCUUGAACUUCCUUAAUCGUUGUCUUAAUAAGAUUAACAUAAGCAGUUUCGGUUAAAAGAGAGGUAUUUAAUUUCCAAAGGCCGGGUCCUCUGCUAUUUGCAUGAAGAGACAGAUCUAAAGUAAUCAUGGAAUGGUCUGUUUUAUAUCCUGGCACUAUAUCGGUGUUAGUGACGUCCCCAAUAACGCUUUGGCUUAUUAAAAAGAAAUCAAGUCUACAGUAAACCUUAGGUUGUCGUUGUCUCCAAGUGUACCUUUUGUCAUCUGGAUUGUGAAUUCUCCAGACAUCGAGAAGAUCUAGGUUCUCUGAAAUUUCUUGAACGGUCUUCAAGCUAUUUUGGUGAGUUUUGGCAAUGCCACCUUUUUGUCAUUUUCGAUGUUAAGAACAAGGUUGAAGUCACCGCCAAUUAUUAUGUCUUCACAUUUAAAAUUUAAAAGAUGAUCGUAAAAGUUUUGAAAGAAUGAAGGUUUAUCCUCGUUGGGAGCAUAGAUGUUAGCGAGGGUCAAAAGCUUUUCGUUAGCUUUUAAGUCACAGAUAAUAAAUCUCCCUGCAGGGUCGGUGUAAAGUCUUUGGAGCUGAAGGUUAAAAUUAUUGUUAAAAAGAAUACAUACCCCUGCUUUGUUGCUUUCAAAAGAGGUGAAGUAAGCUUGAUAGCCCCAUUCUGCUUUCCACAAGUGAUUUGUUUUUUCUAUACAGUGUACUUCUUGGAGCAUGCAUAUUGAUGGCCUUUUGGCGCGAAGCCAAUUAAAUACUUCUCUUCUUUCAGCGUCAUCCCUAAGUCCCCUGACAUUCAAUGAAGUUAUUUUCAAAGUCACGAUUUGUUCAAGUCUUUUGUAAUAAACGUUGUCUCGACGGGAAAAAGACAUGUGCGCCUCAAUAAAGGAUUUGCAUUCUUUCUAUUAGGUGUAAAAUGAUUGAUGCAAAAGGUACUCGAUAUUUUAAACAAAUAAUGAAGACUAAAACGUGCAUAUGAUAUUAGACUGAAGCAAAUGAUCACAAAAGGUAAAUUAAACAAAAUAACACUUUGAAUAAAUAAAAAAGAGUAGCGCAAAAACAAAAAACAGAGCAUAGACAAAUUUGUAGUUAGUAAAAUUAAAUUACUUUGGCAGCGAGAAAUUUGAAUGGUUGAUAAGACGUCCCUCUCCAGACUUAACGUAGAUUAUUUUGCCUGUUCAGUUUAUAAUUGAUCUAAGUCCUCUUCGGAAAAAAUUCUAACAGGGGAGCCAUAGGGUGAUGUCUUAACAAAAAUCUUACCAUCCAAAGACCAAACACUGAGUAGGGUACCCUCUUGUCUUCUCUUGUUCGCUUCUUUCAUGAUUCUACGCCUAUAAGCCGUGAGGUUCUCGUUUAUAAAAAUACGUUGUCGUUCCUGUGCAUUUGAAGGGUAGCUGGGAAAUAGAUCUUUGAUUUUGACAUCCUUUAGUUUGGUGCGUUCUUUGUAAAGUUUCGAUUUCACUUUAUGAUUGCAAAAUUUCACUAUAAUGGAUUUGCCCCGAUUCAGCUUGUGUGAAAUCUCUAUUUCUUCAGGCUCUAUGGUGAUAUUUAGGGCUUCAGCAACCUUGAUGACCGCGGCCUCCGUACUGGGAUACGCAUCUUCUGGAAUUCCAUGGAUUUCCAGCGAGUUCUUUCGAGUGUAUUGUUCCAAAUCAUCAUGGUGUUCCCACAGUCGAUCGGAUUCUUCUUUUUGCUUUCCUAGAUUCUCCUUUGUUGUUUUAAGCUCGUUCCUUGUUGAGGCUAGCAUGUGUUUUAAUUCUUUGUAUUCGUCCUUGGUCUUUUGCAAGGACUCUUUCAAAUCUUUAAGCUCCUUCUCGUAGAAGUUGGCAGAUUCUUUUAAUUCUUCGAUUUCCUUCUUCAGCGUUCGAUUUUCGCUAAGAACUGCAGCUAUUUGGAUUUGUAUGUCGACCAGUAGAGCCUUGAUUUCAAGAAGGCUAGGCUCUUCUUGUUCCUUGCCCGCUUCAAUCGAUUCUUCAACAUCAAUGUUUUCCUCGGCCGCCAUGUUGGAUUUCUUCGGAUUUCUUGGUUCGUCUUCGGUUGAGCCACGAUCACCUCUUUUAUUCUUUCUGGGAGGCAUUUACAUUGAAGAAGGUAGAUUACAUCGUCAGGGAGCCAGAUAGUGUAUUUUCAUAGGAGUAGGUGCCAGAGAGGGGUCAUCUUUGGCAAUGUUAGGCAGACACGAUGAAUACACGUCCGACCGCUGCGAUUUCCCGCCAAAAGUCUAUUUGGAAAGUUGCUCUUUCGGUGCACCAGUGAUUGUAGCCGUUGGAGAGAACUCGAAAUCUCCAAACUCUUGCUGCAAGAAAAUUGUGCAUUAUUGCUUCAUUAGGAAGGAUAGGAGAAACUUCAUUUAAGUAGGGUAGCUGGUUUUAUGGAAACCAAGAGCAUUAAAAUUUCCAUGCAAGUCUUUUUUUGGUGAUGUGCAUGAAAAAGUGGUUCUGUUUAUUUUCAGUUUACUAUGCAAUGAUAUUGGCAGUCUCUUGUUCCUCCUCUUCUUUUUAUUACCUUGUUCAGCUGUGGCGCAGGUAUUCAGAGGAGCCCUACAUAAUGUACAUAAACCUAAAAACCAAAGUGCAUUAGGCUAAACUGCCAACAAUUUCGGAGAAAAGUAACUUCCUGACUAAACUAUUCUUUAGACAGCUUACUAGAAAGCAGUUGUUUUCAAUGUGAGUUUUGGGUGUUGAUUAUACCUUCUCAUGUGAUGCAAAUUGUAUUCUGGUCGAGACAUUGUGGUACAAGGUCACACAUAGCACAAGAUGAGUCUCAGGAUUCAUCAUAACUGUUUGCAACAAAAUCACUGCUUUACUGUUUUGAAAUUUGCCCAGACAACAACAGCUCACACAAGACUAAGAUUAAACAACCACUACUGCCAUGUGUCAGGGGUAUACAUAAGAAACACAUCCAAGUGAGGACUUUUUGUACAAUUUGCAGGUACUCACUCAUGGAAAAAGGUCAGGCAUUAGCUGCUAGAUGUUCAGAAUUUGAUUAUGCAGUUCAAAACCUUACUCAAGCAGCUUCUGUGCCAACCAUACCUGUCACUGGUGCAAGGUUGGCUUUAGUUUGUUAUGUUUCAUCCUUUAUUGUUGCCUUAAGUGUUUUUAGUUAAAUUACGUACUAGUUUUUUUCCUUUACUACCAUGUUUGCUACAGGAAAUCAACAAAUUAUUCGCUUUCUUUAAUAUUUGAGCAACAUAAUAAUACUGCUUAUAGUACCUACCAUCAGUAGUGGAAACGUUUUUAAGUUACUAUUAUAGGAUGGUAUUUCUGGAAUAACAUACCUUUAUCUAUUUGAACAAAACAUCACCAGGAAUUAUAUUAAAAUAGUUCUGCAAACAUAGCCAAAAAAGUCUUUUUACAGUUGACAGUUUCAACGCCUUGCCAGGAGCUUAAAAUAAGCUCCACUAGGUGUAAGUUAUGCAGGACGUGCAGAGUCACUCGAAACCAUCAACAGUAAAACGAUUUGUUUUGGCUAUUAUAUGUUUAAGGAACUAUCGUAAUAUAUUUGACCUUUCCUAGCCUAAUGAAGUUCUUCAAGAAUUACAAUGAAUUGCUGAAGAAAGCUAUUCUGAAAUUGUGCUCCUUUCAGUAUUACAAUAGGCCAAGUAGUGGUAUAAUUAUUUUGCUCUUAUCAUCCUUGUUUCAGUUAUACUUAAUUUAUAUUUGUUCUCUCUGUUGUCUUUUUCUUUUGUUAAACAAAAUGCAUCUUCAUUGUGUUAUGUGGAGAUGAAUAAAGAUAUAAACCAGAAAUAUACCACCACUUUAGUCAGCUGGUAUAAUGCCUGCUUCACUUUAAUCUGAUAUGAGUUAACUUCAAUAGUUUCUUAAAAGAUCUUUUGACUCUUGUUUUAAGACCAGUGCUGAGAAAUCGUCAAGUUUGCCUGCUAGUUGACAGUGAAGAACCCCUGAGAGAGAGAUUUGUCAGAGUGGCUCAACAGCGAGGACUUUCAGCCAGGACAAGGAAACUUCCUGUGGGAGACUUUCUGUGGGUGCUGCUACCCCCCGGGGUGAAUCCUGAUACUGUCAGAGAUAUGCCAGAGCAAGAACUGGUGUGUAAAACAUGAUGGUUGUUUACCACUUACAAAAAUUUUCUGGAAAAUCUGGUUCCAGCCAAAAAAUUUUGAGGAGCAAUGGAACAUCCAAAAAGGAAGUCCUGUCUUUCCGGACAGAAUAUUCCAAACAGAAAUUUGUUCCAUUCUUUCAAAGCUGUCUUUGAUGCCAGUUUCAGGCCAAAUGGUAACCACAAUUCUGAGAUCAAAUUUACCAGCCCUGAAUUUGUGUACCAUUUGCUAAAACGGUGGACCGACUGGUUUGCCCAUGUAAAUGGUAAACAGCGGAUGUUUUAAUCAUACAUUAGUUGCCAGUUGAAAACAGUUUCAAGUUAGUUCAUUCAAUGAAAGGUCAGUUCUCCCUCUAAUAAACACAAUUAACUCUUCUGUUUUGUCUAUUUGAGGCCCCAAAUGAAGCUCUUAACAAACGUAUUUCAGGAUAUAUAUUAUCCUUAUAAUAAAGCUAGUGGAUUCUGCAGUAGCAGGCUAAAACAGCGAGCAUUUUCAUGCCAUUUAAAUAGUUAAUUUUCUGCUGUCUGUCUGAAACAUCGUGACAGGCUCUUCAGCAGCUUCCAGCAGGUUGAGUCGGUGAAGCGCCAUGUGAUUGUUCAUUUUUUGCAGGUUCUUCCAAUGGUUGUUGAACGUAAAACAUGGGAUGACUUGUGGUCAAGCCUUAAAACCACACGAUUUGAAAAGCAGGUCCAGAGAAUGAAGGUUAACAAUCAACAUUUGCUUGUCAAAAUGCUGCACAUUGUGUUGACUGAAAAAAUUACAGGAUUUUAACAAAAAAACUGCCAUUAGGUCAACUGAACAUAUUUGCUUAUAACAGUCAUGCAGGGUUGCGACUUUGUUGACUUUGCAGUGUCCUUGAUAUGACACCAUUAAAGGGUUAUGAAAUGCUUCUGUUCUAACUUCCAUUCUGUUGACACUGAUCAUGAUUACUUGACUCUUGGGUCAUACUUCACUACUUGUCUACACUGUGAGAAUUGUUUAAGAAACAGUGCUCUUUGAAACGUAAUGUAUAUGUCUACUCUUGCUGACUUGACACAUCUUGAAGGAUAAUCACUAAUGAUUCAGUGUAUAUCUAAUUCAUAAACAAGUGUUUUCUUUCUUUCAGAAAUGUGGCCUAGAAAAUCUUUACUAUUUGGUGGAGGGUAGUCCUAAAGAACUUAAAGGAAACCCUGGUCCUGAGGUGGAAGUUUACCUGCAGGUAUAAUCAUGGUAAUUAAAGAAAGGAAAGCCUGUCUGUAAUAAAUUAAAGCAUCAUGAGAUUAAUGUGAUUGAUCUUUCUAAUCACAUGAAACUGUGUUACUUGAUUACGUUUGGCAAUAAUUGCCAAAAGUAAUCAGGCAACACUGUUAUUAUUGUAAUAUUGUGUGAAAUGUAUUUUGAAGAUAUCUUGUGGGCAUAUUUUGUUUGUUAUAUAGAUAGUCACAGCCUCAGUGGUAGUUUUAUCAUCCAUAUAUUUUCUUUAAAAAAAUGGUGUAAAUGUGAUGGCAUGGAUGUGAUGGCAUCCUGCUCUGCCCUUGUUUUAUCAAUCUUUGAAGGGAGAGACAUGAAAUUAAAUUUUCUAGCUCCUCAAACUGCAUCCUAAAUAACAUUGCAAAAUGAUGAAAACUACUAUUUAUGAAAGUCACUUAAAAAGGCAAAUGAUGGCCUAAAUUGAAGGCGUUAAAAUCUGAAGUAGGGCACAAACUAAUCUAAAAAACCUAAUCAAAAUUCUUUUUUAUAUUAAAAUAAAACCAAUCGAAAUUCUAGAAACAACUGUAAAAUUUAUAUUUACAGUAUAAAAAUAUGUAUAUUUAUGUAAGAAAAUUAUCUUCUGGCUUGCUGCUGCAACAAAGGAAUGAAGGCAGACGGCGAACCAUUGCUUUGGCCAAAUGGUUCCAGGCUGACUUAGUUCACACAGUUGGAUGGGUUAUGAUACUAAUCACACCCCUUAAAACCUGUAGAGGUUUUGUCAAAGCCACAAAUUUGGAGUUUUUCUAUUUGCAUUCGGCAAUGUGAAUUUUGGUCACAAACAUGGCAGCCAGCUGUUUCUGUUUACUACCAAAUGUUACAAGUGGUGGGCUGAGAACCAUAAGGACUUAUCAGUGCUCGAAGUGUAAAAAUUCUAGAGAGUUCAAAAAUGCAGCCAUCUUUGGUGCAUACAUUUCAUUUUUUAACUCCCAAAUUCAUGAGAACUGUGUGUAACAAAUUAGUAAAACUGAUUGCUUGUUUACUUUUUGCAGACUUUUUCUUAAAUCAACUGUUUUGCAUUAACUUGUUAUUUUCAUUUGACUGAAAGGACAAAAUAGACAGUCUUCUCUUAGAUGAUCAGUUUCUUGUGAAUCGCACUGGUUCAUGGCUGAAAAGUGUUGAAUGGCUCUGUCAUUUAACCAAUAUGUCCAUUGAAUUUCUUCAGUCAGGUAAAUCACAACUCCACUUGUAUAUUUAGCUAGGGCCAAGAGCAAAGCCCCCAUUGAUAUACUUACAUUAAAAGCAAUCAAAUUGAAACUAAUAACAUGAACUCUAAGCCAGAAAAAAGAAAUCUUCAAAUCCCUAUUAUUAGUAGUAAUUGAACUUAGGAGCCUUCGGCAUAACUUUACCUUUAGAGGGAAGUGUUAAACGAUUAAGAAAAAAUAUCCCACAAACACACCUGAAGUGAAAAAACUCUCCCAGCAAGCUAAAAGUCGCAUAUUUACAGAAAAAAAUCACUAUGUAUCAAGUUUGAUCCAAGUAGUAGAAUUCUUCCAAACUACGUCUACAUCAUUGAACCCCGCUUCCACCAUACCCCUUUUCGAAAUUAUAGAACUCUUCAGUAGCAUCAAUUUACAGGUUACAUUUUCUAGGGUCAGUAUUUCUGUCUUAAAGGGACGACCUAAAAGGAAAAUCAUUCAGUACCCCACUCACAUGCAAUUAGUAGAGGAAACAACAGUUGGCAGGUUUAAGCUGACUGUGACAUUCAUUAAAUCAAGCGUACAAUAACAAGUUCUCCUCUUUCACCAGGAGAGGAACCAAAAUUGAUGACAUACCAUGAAUUUUCGCACAGUACAAAAUUACAGAGAAACCUCAGUGGAACAUUGCAUGCCGCCCCAGGUAUGUUUAUUAAAAGCCUGAUUUGUGAUUUGGAAUUUAUAUGGUACUUCUGAUCUGUUCUACUCCAAAUGUGCUAAAGAUACGUUGUGUGCUUGCUUUUUGUAGCCACUGUUUGGUCAGCAACAGAAUUUGCAGAUGUCAUAAGGAGGUAUGAAUAGCUUAACUGUACAGUCGUCAUGAUCAUCAUCAUCAUCAUGUGAUAAAAGUUCCUCCUUCCAUCAGUAACUUAUUAUAAUUAUAUGUAUAAUUUUCUGACUUCUUGGCAAUUCCUUCUCCUUUAGUCACAAAUGUGGGGGAAGGGUUCUGCAUGACCUUCCUGUCAGGGAAGGAGAGGAAAGGUCUUUGGUUGUCAUCCAAGGUCUCACUCUUUACAAUAAGGUUAGUUUUUAUUACCAGUUUCUUGAAUAUAUUCGAAGGUCCCUAUCACAGCCAUUUAUUAAAUAACUAUCUUAGACAAUUUUAUGAUUAUUGCAGUGAUGCUUUGUUUUACAGCAACGUCAUAAGGUACUGGACAAAGCUCUUGCAGGUCUUCUAGAGAACACACAUCAAACUGCAGAUGGUAUGAUCACAAAUGCUUUUCAGCUGAUCUAGUUUAUAGUGAAACCUCGCUAUAACGUAGGAGCACCGCCAAAAUAUGUUUGCUAUAACAAGGUUUCGUUAUAUCAAGGUUCUGUCCCAUUUAUUUCACUAUUAUUGGGGUGAAUAAUAUCAUAUGUUAUACUAAGGACUUUGUAAUAUAGAGGUUCCGUUAUAUCAAGGUUGAGUGCUUGACUGUAUACUAUUUAAAAAUGUUUGUAAUUUCAGUGAACCAUCUGAAUGGUUUUUCGUUGAGUAAUGACAUAUCUUUUAUUUAGCAUUUUGAGGACCACUGAUGCAGUCCUAAAUGACUAUACAAACAAUGUUUUGAACAGUGCACAGGUCUAUUCAACUGGUGAAAUAUUUUUUGUAUGCCUCAAAGAAGCGCAAACCAAAACAGGUACCUAAAAUUGAAGUGCACAAGAAGAGUUUCUGUUUUUGUUUCACCAUCCAUUUCAUUCUUGCAUUCUAUACAUGGAAUAUACCUAUUUCUGUAUUUUUAAAAAUAUCUUUCACUUUUAGCUACUGUUCAAAAACAUCUUGAAGGUGUGACAGAUCAGCUUAUUCCAGAGGAUGUUACACAGUGGUACAUUCUUUGGUUGCAGGUCAGUAAACUGCCAAUGAAAAAAUUCAAUUGUAUUUUUUGUGCAUUGAAUUUACAGUGGACUCCUCUUAAUUUAGUUACCAAUGGGUCAAAAAAGAUUGGCCGUACAAAUGGGGUGGCUAGAUUACCUGGGCAGGAUCAAAUUUUAGGACGUAAGGGCAGUCAUGAAAAAUAUAUCACAUUUGCACUUCCUUAACACCAGUACUUUUAAAUUAACAACCGGAGCGAUCUAUGUAAAUUGCAGGAUCCCUAAGGGUAAAUAAGAAAUAAAUAAUCAAUCAAAACACAAAGCUAAAAGUUUAAGUUCAGUGAAUCAGCCAGAUUAAGUAAACAUGGUUCGUACAAUCUUGAAAAGGUCUUGGAUUUUACUAGUUGUCUUGAAAAGUACUUCAUUUCUUAAAUAGGUCUUCCAAAGUCCUUGACUUUCCCAACCUUGUCUACGCCAGAUACCUUUUUCUGUAAAAUUACAUUAUUUUAACGGGGAAAAUUUGGCUCAUCCUCGGUGUAAGAACCUGUAAAACUCACUGGUAAUGUAAAAAUCCAGUCCAGUUUACCAGCCGGGCCUCAAUCCAAGCCAGUGCCCAGCCCUGGAUACUAUAAUGAUCAAGUUUUAAAAUUAUCGCUUGUGUGCAACGGUUUUGAAACCUUUGGAAAAGUCAAGUAUUAGUAGGUCAGUUUGAUGUCAAUGCUCAAUUAUUGAUUGUGCCAGGUGCUCGAUGGUAUUGAUUGAUUGGGUCUCCCAUGACUGGUUUUGUCUGAAGCCAUGUUGGUAAUCAAUAAGAAUGUUAUGAUCUUCAAGACUGUUAUAUUCCAAGAUCUUACUUGGUAGGGAUUUAUUGAAACUGGGCGAUAAUUAGCUGAAUCUGUUCUAAUACAGUAACUGUUAAGACUACCUUACUAUAAACUUCCCUUAUUACUAUGAAUUAAACACCUCUAAAAAUUGACAAAUACAUUUCUGGGUGAAUAUAAUCAUCAGAAUCAAACAGCUGGGUUUUUUUUGUUCCAUUUUUCUUCUAUUAUUUUUCCUUUGAACGUAGCCAGAGACCACGUUCAUAGUAGCCAGGGGGAAAUCCCCAGCCCCUGCCUCUUAAUGACAGUCCUGUCCUUGGGAAUUUAUAUUGUGACCAUUAGCCUUAUUAACAGGUGGCCACAUUAACAAGGGUUUGAUGGAAGAAAAAGUGUGGCCAUUUUGCCGGGCCAAAAAAGUGGCCAUUAUAACGAGGUGGCUGUAAGGCCGGCUCCACUGUAAAUUAUUCAUAAAUUCAGAGGUGAGUUAGUCAGUGUAUAUUUCUAUGUACUGUGUACUAUUGUAAAGGAACAGAAACACAUCAUGAAUGUUUCAAGUCCAAUCAUAACGAGUGAGUUUUGAAAAUACUUUUCCAUACAUGACAUACAGGUUUUUAAAGGAGCCAUGGUUCGGAGAACAGAAACUGAAGAAGAGUCAGCAGAAAUCCUCUGCAAAUUUUAUCAGAACAUAUCAGGUAAGAGUCACCAUGAAAAGUAAAUUUUGUUACUAAUACAUCUAUUUUUAAGCAUUGUCUAUGACAUUUACUUAUUCAACUUAAGACCUGAUGCAUUAUCAUGCCAUAUCUUUUUAAAUCAUUUCAUCUAUGCGUGGCGUAAUAAGAAACUAAUAGAUGCCAAUCACAUUUUCUCUUUCAUGGAAUAGCUGCUGCAGAUGUUCUGCCGUAUUUUGAUGAUCAUGUUCGUCCUGUUAUGGGAGAACCAGAGCAAAAUUUAGAAAGGUAAGUAGUCAUCAGGGUGCAAAGAAAGUUAGUUUUACAGCUUGCCAUUCGGGCAAGCUGUAGCUAACAUGUACUAACCCCAAAAUAAUUUCAACCUGCCCGCUAGAAAGUUUUGAUUAGCGGGACUGGUUGCAAUUCUUCUGUGAUUUGAAUUCCCCAGAAACUUCCCUUGCCCAUUGGGCAAGUUAAGAACAGAAUUUACUAGCAGGGAGGGAAAAACAAUUUACUUUUUUCAGGUCAAAGAAAAGUCAGUAAAAGUUGAAAACGUCAAGGGAAAUCUAAGCUCUUGUCGCAGUAGUUGAUGGAUAUUGAUCCUCCUUAUCUUUGAACGAAAAUGAACAAAAUGUUAUUGGCGCUUUUAUACCGGAGGACACAUUAUUGGUCCAGACUGAUAUCAUGUUUUUCAUGUUAUGAGUCUGGUGUAAAGACAAGAUGAAUAAAACGAUCUAUGAGGAACAAGAACGAUCUUACAGGGGCUUUCAGUCUCGCUUGCUUGGCGAUUAGAUCGGGAAAUGAGGAGGCGAUUAAUUCUACACGAAACAGGAUUUACUCAGGGUUCGCGCAGUCUUGAAAAGUCCUUGAAUUUUAGGGGAAGUCCUCGAAAAGUCCUUGAAUUCCAUUUUUGCUUGAAAAGGCCUUAAAUGUCUGUGCAAGUCCUUGAAAAGUCCUUGAAUUUUCUUCAGUUUUAAACGUAGUGGCCUGGAAAGUGUUUUUUGAUGCUUUUUGGUUGUUCAAGACAGAAUAUAAAUCAUAGCUCAGAGAAUUGCUCAAUGUUGCUCAAUGUUUUAUGCAAUAAUUAACCAACAGUUUAAGACCAGUGAACUGAAAAAUGUAGAGAAGUUGGUGAAGCAAACAGUUCAAGCCUUAUUAGAAUAAACUGGGAAUAUGCAUUUAUGUACAAUCUGUGAAAUUAUAUUCCUAGUUGGUGGUCCUUGAAAAGCUAAUGUGGCCCUUGAAAAGUCCUUGGAAAAUACUUGCGAUUUUUUGUAUUAACCCUGUCACUCGCUAAAGGUUUCUUACUUUCUACUUUAUCAUCAUCGAUACUUUUUAUUUGUUUCUGAAUUGAUUUAGUACGUGUGUUAGCGACGACCAGAAAUACGUCUGCGUCCUCAGGCUAUAUGUGUGUAUAAAGACACGAAAAUUCAAGGACCUCGAUUCCAGAGAAAAUACAUCAUUGCCAGAGAUCAAAGAAGUGAUUUACAUGGCACGUCAUCUCAAUCAUCGCCGAAAAUGAACCGAAGGCUCAUCACGAGACCAUUUGCAUACAAUGAAAGUUUUCAGCACCCGACCAUCGCAGUUUUGCUAAUUAAGUCGUAUAGUAGUGUGUGGUCACUUGUUCCAAAGUAAUCAACGCUUUGAAGCAAUAGAAUUCCUGGAACGACACGUUUUGGAAAAGCUCUAAAUUUAAUCUUUUCUAAGCUUUCUUCAAACAUGCAUGGCUUCGAUAGCGCAACAAUUCUUUUUCCACGGUCUCCCCUAAGAACGCCUGGCACAUAGACCCCCCUUUGUGUCCUAAAUACGAAAAAAAAGUGUCGCAGAUUACGAGUCUCGCUUCUUACGUAAGCAAGACUAACACAAUGCGAGAUUUUACAUGCAGGGAAAUAAAAACGAAGAAGUGAAAAUUUUGGCAGUUAACGCCGGCGUCGCAAGUGGACGUUGAGUGCCCAAGGGCCAGGGCACUACACCGGCAAUCACACACCAAGGCAGAAGAAUACCCGCAACCCAGCCACAAGCCCCCCUGUGCCCAGCCCCCCACUAUAGCACCCGUCACACUGAGGCUAGGAGCUCAGUCGAAGUAAAAUGGAAAACCCCCAGAAGGGGGGAGACCCUAAACCAAGAAAGCGGAGGGAGGAAGGGGAACCAAGAGAAAUGGUACUAUAACAGAACUCCACACCAACAAUGCUUCGAGCACAACGCAAACACAAUGUAGGCACCUGCCAUGGCCUGCGCAUGCACAGAAGCGACAUACUGCUGGACAGGAAUCUGCUCCAUGCUCGCGAACAAUGGUAAACGCUACAAACAUUAACAAAGUCACGCAACAGAGCUACAGACAGCCAACACGCCAGCAAAGAAUGCCAAAAACACUAGCGACCAUAGCUCAUAGUUGUUUAGUACAUUAAGAUUUAAUAGUUUUAAACGCCCAUGUCGCAAGGGGAUGUUAGGGGGCCAGGGGGCUGCAACUUCAAUUAAACCCCAAGAGGGAAAAACACCCACAAGCCUACCACGCUGCAACUAGGUCAUGAGCCCUAAGUCCUCCUCCCCUACCCCCCGUGCCAGGCCACGGGGGCUCUGGGUUACCGAGUGCCCAAGCGUGAGGCACCUAACCCAACGCAGCCCCAAAGGUAGUGGAGAUACCUGGUAUACAACCAGCUGUCAGGCCACUUACUAAUAGACGAUGGAGCUAACUGGAGUGCAAAUAUAAAUCUGGUAGGCAUCACUAGACCACUGGCCUAGGGUCUUGGCAGAUGAUCCGGAACUCCCUGGCAGUGUCCGUAGUUGCUGCCCCAAUGCAGAAACUAUGGCCUAAAUAGGAGCCAGUAUUACCAGCUGAGUGCAAGAUAGACUGAACUGUGGAAGACAACUGUUGCUGUGUAAGAGGGCUUCCAUCACUAUUAAUGUAAAGAGAGGUCCUGCAGAAGAGCCAUGCAAAGCCAGAAAGUCGCCCAAGUUGUGGAUGGGACACACCACACCCCACAUAUAUAUCACAGCCUCACAGCCCAUGCAAAACAGAUCGGUCUUUGAGCUUUUGAUAUGAACUUUAAAACAGGUAGGGUUCACCAGCGAGUCAGUUUGCAAGUCAUCAACAGUCAUGGAUACUAGGCUGAAAUUCACCAUGAUUUCCCUAACUUGUAGGAAACCAAAGAAACCCAAACGGCAUGCCGCCCACAGCAUCACAUGGUCUCUCCUGUCGAAGUCCAGUCCCUGCUGAAUCGCCUGCAGAUGAUCCAGGGUGAUAGAGAGGCAUCUGGGUGACAAUGGACCGUGAACCCGCUUUAUUCCUGUGAGCACAUGCUUCGAAUUUGGCAGUUGAUGAAAGGAUCCGACAAGUCAUGGUCAAUGUGAAGGGAGCAUACUGCAGACAAGUAUACUUAAAUAGAUGCGUGGGUCAAGUUGUUGGCCAAGAGUGUAGCAAAGCACAUGAGAGUCUCCUCAUUGGCAGGAGGGAAGGAGCCAUCCCUGUUAAGGUAACCGUCCCAGCGGCAAAAGUCAAUAUAGUGACGUUGAGAAGAGAUAAACAUGCCAAGUGGAAGGCAUGAGUCCUUGGGUAAGCAGAAACUGACACCUCAGGGUCAAGUCUUCGGAAGUGCUACCAGAAGCGACUCGGGAAUCAUGUGUGGAGUCAGGUGAGCUUGACGUGACCGAUGAUGAAAAUGAUGAAAUUGAAAGCAUGAGAGGGAAUCAGCUAGUGGAUUGGCCUUGCCACAAACUGAAGAUGCAGUAAACAUAAAUGAGUGGCAUGUAGCCAGCAAGGAUAAAUGAUGCAGCAACCCCAUCAAGUGUUGGUCCCGUGAAGACACAGACUUAAGUACAGCCACCAGUGACUCAUUGUCGCACAGGAACUCAAACCUGCUGAGAGAACCACUGAGAACCCUAUAAGGCGUUGGCUACAAUGAUGGGGAGAGCGCCUUGUACCUGAUCAAUAACGACCUUUGCUCCAUUGCCCAAGCACAGCAAAAUGACCAGGCGUUAAAGAUCGUGCCAUUGCCCAGUGAGCCUACAGCAUUCAAGGAGACUUGGAAGUCUGGGACGGGCGCCCACAUGGGCAUGCAAAAGAAACUGAGGCCAUCCCUGGUCUGAAAAAGCUUUUGCCACCAGGUAAGGUCCCAACGGAAUUCUUGGUUCAUCCUGAUGGGGGUGAUCGUGGAGGCGGAAGGCUCUAAGCAAGUCAAUCAUCCAAGAAAUGUCCUCCCUUAUGGGGCAACCUUGCAGAUGUGAGGGAGGUGACCAAUCAAGGAUUCUAAAUUCUGCCUCUUACAGAAUUGGAUCACUCCUCAAGUAAUGCAACAAUCCAGUCUCUUUUCUCUGUGGGUAGGCAAGCCUGAAGCCUAGCGGAGUCAAGUUCAAUCCCGAGGAUACUUAAGCAAGUGGCAGGUCCCUCUAAUUUGUCAGGACGAAGGAGAAGGCCUUGCCUGUCGCGAAGGCGAACAAAGGUAAGUAGACAGGUUUGCCAAGGGUAAAAAAGUCAUCUAGGUAGUGGCGUAGGAAGUCCACACCACAACUUUGAACCAGCAUCCAUUCAACCAGGUCCGCAAUGGAAGUGAAAGUAAAGAGUGCUAAGCACAGCCCAAAUGAGAGAACCAUAUUGACAAAGUAAAGCCCAUGCCACCGCAUCCCAGGUAAGGGGGGAUCGUCUGGAUGGAAAGCCUCGUUCCUGUAUGCACUAGCCACAUCAAACUUAGCCAUCAGCAUUCCGUGACCCUGGGCCAUGAUGCCCCCAAUAACUGCAUUGACUGAAACGUACUGUACUGUGAAGGAAAGGUUGGGGAUGCCAUUGUUGUUGUUGUGCCCAGCAGGUGAUAAGAGGUCAAGGAUGAGACGCCACUUGUCUGGUUGAUUGUUCUUGGGAAUGACCCCAGCUGAUAUGUAGAGAAGGAAAGGUUGAAAAGGUGCCGACCACCCUGCCAGAGGAAACUUUGGUCUGCAAGUACGAGUCUAUCACUAAAGGGUGCUCGAAGGAGGAACACAUGUUUGACAACUCAGACGUAAGAUUGACCAUGGAUGCCUCAAAGCCAAUACAAAAACCUUCGUUUAUUCUGGAAAUCACAUAGGCCACUGCUGCCUGGUUGGAUGAUGCUGCAAUUCUGUCUGAAAUUGAUCUAGCCACAGAGGAGAGACUAGGGCUAAUGACGAGAAAGAACAAACGAAAACUGCAAUGCUGGGUAUGCUAACUGGAACUAUAACAGAACAAGACGUCUUAACCAUAUUACGCUGCCGGCCUGGCGACACAACAAAACUAUUUACACUGCGUACACAGGCCUUGCCGGGCAUAACCACCCAUUCAGUACCUUCCCCCCUCCCAAUGGGUGGGGGAAACCGGGAUCGUGCGCUAGAAGAGUGGGAAAAUGGGCAGUUGAUGUUGGUGUGAUUACCUUCACAGUUGCUGCAGCAAUGUCAAAAUUUGCACCUGUCAAAAGGCCAGCUGCACUGCCAAUUGUUCAAUGCAUGACAAAAAGGAGGGACCAGGUUGGUGUCAUGGGAGGUGGCAGCUACGAGAUAGAGCUGAUGCCGCAGAAGGAGAUGGCAGAGGUAGCCGGGUUGAAGCCAGGGCUGGAGACCUGAAAAUUGUAUAGUAACUAUACAAUUUCUAAGUUCAUCCUAGACCAGUUGCCGAGGCCAGAGGCAGCUGCAUCUUUCUAAAUGCCAGGUCAUACUCUAACCAGGCCGAACCAGAGAAAUGAUGAAUCGUUUGAAUGAUGAGUAGCUUAUACUUGGUUAGACUGAGCCAAUCAUAAGGGUGAAUUAUGCACAACACCAUCUAAAAAAUAGUGAAGGCUUCGGUCCAAGUCCAAAUGUCUUAUAUUUCCACUUGCCUGCAUUUUGAUGAAGAAACCAGGAGCUCACCAUCAAGGAACAUUUGCGGCUCCUGCUCUACCGCUCAGAGAUUCGCGGACAACAAAUCUGCCAAUUUGACAACCUGGCCACCUAUAAUUUUAGACACCAGUUUUGAAGGAAUAGGGGCAUGCCCUGGACCAACAAUAAAAGUCUUCUCCAACUUAAGUGAUGCAAACGAAUACUCAAGGCUUGGAAGAUUGCUAGGAAUGCGGGUGAAAUGAAAUUGGAGGGAGUAGGAGCCACGUGGCGGGUGUAGCUCAAGACGGUAAUGGCCAACACUGGCGUAGACUUAGCAACAAACGCAGGAAGGGUAAAUGUACCUGACGCCACUGAAGAAACACUUUCACUUGUACUCACACAAACAGCGGACGCUGAAGAAAAGAAAGGUCGUGGUGCCGCACUAGCAGAAUCGCCUGGAACCUGAGAAGAAAUGCGCAAGGAGGCAUUAUUGCUCUGGAUCGAUGAAGUAAUGGCGGGAAUGGAGUUUUUAGUUGCUCGAACCACAGUCUCUGUGAAGGAGUCACCCAACUGAGGUGACCAAGAACUGGAAGCCGUACUCGUCACAGGACUUUCAGAUGUUGCUGUAGACGGAAGUGAGUCUGGGGUAGGAAAGCCCACAGAUAAGCUGUUGUUGGUCAAGCGCGAUGGAAAUGCAAAUUAAAAACUCUCCAGCGGAGGACGAACUACAACAGGAACUACAAGGAACAACGGUAACAAAAACCACGUCAUCCUGAAAAGCUUUUGCACAGAACCAAAAAGGAUGCCAUGAUACUCAAACAGAACACCAAGCCAACCAAAAUUUGGGUAGAACCAAGAGAAGUGCUACGCUACUAUAACAGAACGCCAUGCGAACAACAUUUCGAGUACAAUGCAAACACAAUGUAGGCACCUGCCAUGGCCUGCGCAUGCACGGAAGCGACAUAGCACCGGACAGGAAUCUGCCCCCAUGCUCACGAGCAAUGGUAAACACUACAAACGCUAACAAAGUCAUGCGACGGCGCUACAGACAGCCAACACGCCACCAAAGAACGCCAGAAACACUAGAUACUUACUCUUCCCUAACUGGCUCAUCCAUUUUGCGCUACAAAAUAAACUGAUUACCAAAUAAAAUCAAAGAAGCAGCAAAUUCAGAUGACCUCUCAGGAACUGUACUUCAGAUUGUCCUUCUCUGGUGCAUUUCGAUCCUCUGCCCAUGAUCUCUUCUCACCACAGUGACUGCACAUUCAAUAGGGAGCUUUUAACAAUCCAUUUUUGAGAUACGCAGUCGUCAACUGGAACUGAACGUGUUUUCCCUUUAAUAAGCUUUGACAUUUCCAAAUUUGUAUUGCUAAAUGUCCUUACUCUUAUAAAAAACAAUUUACGAAAAACACUUUUCACAAAUGCCAAAACUGCACUUCCAAUUGCACUCAAGUCCCAUUUAAACUACAAAAAAACCGGGUGCGGACCCAUUGAAAAGAGGUCCGGACCAAUUUUUUUUAAACGUUUACACUGGUAACAAUCAGGUUAGGCUUAUGAUUGAAAAGUGCAAUAGUGCACAUGCGCAAAACCACCGUAGAGCACGGCAGGCUCACAUGAAGAAGAUAGUACUGAACGAAGAUGCAUUUACACAGUGCUUUCGAACAGCAAAAGGGGUCCGGAGUUGUUGUUUUUUUUUUUGGUGUUGCUAUGGCCCCAAAACUAGAAAAAAGCGAGUCAGGAUCCAUUUCAUGAAAACAUGGUACAGAAGGUUUACGCAGCAAAAAUAUCUGGUCCAUACCAAUUUUUUUAUGGGUCCAGACCCAUUUUUUCUGUAGUAUAAAUGGGGCUUCAGUUUCCUAUAAGCCCAAAAUAACAUCCUCGCCCGCCGACUAAUCGGUGUUCUGCAAAUAUACCCCCGCCAAAACAUAAAGUUGCCACUUGCCCAAAUUAAAAAUAUAAACCCACAAAUCACCGAUCUUUGACUUUUAUGCAUCAGUCUCGUCUGCAUGAUCUAACGGGGCAAAGAUAAGUCACUACAAACCCUGGGCAAGCCAUUUUCUCCUCCUGGGAUAAACUAACAGCUUGAGCUGAUCUCGAGAAAUUGACUAUUAACUUUGUGGUUAGCUCCUUAAAGCUCUGGCACUCUACAGUAUUAUUUGGAUUAUUUGUGAGUAUCUGACUACAAAGCCUGCACACUAGCUGGUGCAGCUCAGUGCAGUUUUACUUUGAAUAAAACAUUAACAAAGGUUUUCAUGAUUCAUAUGAUUGAAAAACAAAUGUUUGGCUUUCUUGUUAGGCUACCCGAUGAAGAUCUUUUGUUUGCAAAUGAUUCACAGGAAGAGGGUGCAAUGAUCCGUCAGGUAAACCGUUGUUAUUGAUAGCUUGUAUUAUUAUCACCUACAAGAGUAGUGUCUUAAUUAAUGAGGGAUAUAUUUUCAAAGGGUAUUCAAUCAAAUGACACCAUUGGCACUGGCAUUAAGGCCCCCUAUUUACAGACCUUCCUCAAGUCAAGUACUCUCGUGGAUGGUGUUGCCUGUCCCUAAAUGUUUCUAUAUCCUAACUUGAGGGUGAGGGAGGUGUUUUAAACCAAGCUUCUGUUAGUCAAGCCACAAACCGUGGACAAAAAGGUCUGCCUUGAUGGGAAUGAGGACUUCUUGACACUGAGGAUGAGUUAAGAAAGGCUAUUGUGGCCUUUUGUAAGGAGACCUUUUAUGGUGUCUGUUGUAUACUAGCUCCUCGAGAGGUGCUCACCUUAUAGAUAAAUAAUAUCUAAAGAAUAGCAUAGGCCAACUUUAGGUGUCGGUUUAGGGAAUUGUCCAUGUUGUAGCCUGUUUGGGCUCAUUAGAGCAUUAUGUUAAAUUUCAUGGGUAUUAAUGAGACAAUGAGACCUUAGGAAAAAAGUGUAAGAUUGUUGCAUUUGAUGAUUCAUUAACUGUCGUUUCAGUAGACACAUACGUUUAUGUUUUCAAGCACCAUGAGCUCAGGAUAUGAGCGCUAUAUAAAUAAGGUUAUUAUUAUUACCUUGAUAUACUUUAUCUUAAUAAUACACUGGGGACCAACAGUGGUGCAGUGGUGAGAGCACUCGCCCCCCACCAAUGUGGCCCAGGUCUAAGUCCCAGCUGGGAUACCAUAUGUGGGUUAAUUGAGUUUGUUGCUUGUUCUCUACCUUAUUGUCGGAGAAAUUUUUCUCUGGGUACUCUGAUUUUUCCCUCUCCUCAAAAAUCAGCAAUUCCAAAUUCCAAAUCGAUCUUGAAGGCCUAGAGUUCUUAAGAAGUCCUAAGUGCUUCAUGGGUAAACAAAUAAAAAUUACAGUACCGUGCUGAUUGUUUAAUGAUAGUUGAAAGAACAAAGAAAAACUCGAAAGUAAGCAGGAGCAGAAGUUUUGUCUCAAUCUAGACAUCUGUGGCAUACACCAUAUUUUACUUGGCUAACAAAAACCGUUUGUAUCCAGCCAGCUCUUGACGUGUGCUGCUGUCUUGAAAGGCUUGUGAAGAUUAGAUAAUGAUAAGGUUUAAUGGCUGCUACGUAGUCCCAUGAAAAAACUAUUUUUCUUUUUCGUAGGCCUUAAGAGCAUCGCAGUAUGAAGAGAAAAUGCCAUCUGAAGUAAGAGAGCUUAUUUUUUGUCCUUAUUUUGUUUAGCUACACGUGCAAAUUAAAAUAUGUCUUUACAAUUUGUUUUCACUGCUUUGCUGUUUUGUGUUUUCCUGACUCCGUUUUGAUUUAUUUGUGGCCAAUGCUGUCCAUUGCCAUUAGGUUAACUAGUUUUUAUUAUUGUGAGCUAAGACGUCUUUCAUUUGUCAUUUAAGGAUGUGUCACACUUGCCUCCAGUUAUACCACCAACUAGCUCUACUACAACGGGACCUGUCCCUAGCAUUUCAGAUGAUGGGGCACAGAGGUUUUCUUUGAGUGAAGAGGAACAAUUAGAGUUGGCCUUGAAACUCAGCGCAGCAGAAAAUGCAAUGGCAGGGCACUGCAAAUCUCCCGUAACAACAGCAGUUAAACCUUUUGAAUCACAUGAACAUAAAAGUAGCUCUCACAACCCAAUUUUUCUUAAUAGUAAAACAGAGGUUUCAGACUCAGGUCGUUCAGCUGAUUGUGUUGAUAAAAAGGGAAAUGGAAGUACAGAUUGUGAGCUUGAGGAAGUACUUAAACUGAGUCUGGAAGAGUUUAAAAGUGAAAGGCAAGGUCAGGUUAAUAAAGAUAAUGUUUCUGGAGAUAUGGAUAACGAUUUGGAGAAAGCUUUGGAGUUGAGCAGAAUAGAGUAUGAACAAUCAAAGAGAAUGGAGAGCGGCAAAAUGGAAAAGCAAGAUGAAAAAUUUGGCACAUCAUUUGUCAGAGAUACUCAGCUACAAACUGCACUACAAUUGAGUGAGAUGGAAAGAGGAUCCAAAGAUAAGGAACAGGGAACACCAGGUUCUCAAGACAGUGAUCUUGAGAGGGCGUUGGUUUUGAGCAGAAUUGAAUUUACCCAAGGCGGCUAUAAUUCCCUGAAUAAGGUUGCUAAAUGCUCAGACUCUGAUGUUGUAAUUGUGGAAAAAAGUCAGAAGGUUCUGCCAUCAAGAGGUGAUGAAAUGAUUGACAGUUAUAUCCCUUCAAGUGUCCCAUCUGAUGAUGAUUGGGAAGAAGGAAGCAGUAAUCACAAUCAUGGAGUUUUUGGUGCUUUAAGUCCUAACUCAAAGGGCAACUCAAAAGAUUGUGCAAUAUUAUUGGAUUCACAGGAACCACUUGAUGACACCGAGGAUGAUUUUGAAUUUGCGCUUAAGGUACAGGAAGACCUCAAUAAAGAGGUAAAGGCAAGUCCUAGGCACCAUCAUGACUCGUCUGAUAAGAAGGUGACUACCGGCUCUAAGCUUAAGGAGCAAAUUAUUGAUUGCACUGAGGACGAUUUUGCAUUUGCGCUAAAGGUACAGGAAGACCUCAAUAAAGAGGUAAAGGCACGUCCUAGGUACCCUCAUGACUCACCUGAUAAAAAGGCGACUAGUAGCUCAAAGCUUCAGGAGCAAAUUGUCGGUUACAGAAAAUCACAAAAAGAAAAAUUUAGUACAUGCUCUGGACAGAGAGAAAAGUCUUCUUCUGGGGUUGAUUUCAGGAAGAAUGUGGCUGCAAUUGCUUGUGGAAAACCUGUGAAAAUUGGUGUGGCAAGCCCCAUCAGUAGGCCAUGCCAUGAAUCAGCAAAGGUUUUGGGAGGAAGGCCUGCAUCUUUGAUCAGUGGAUUAUCUGACAGAAGCAAUAAUGGGUCGCUUGGUUCUCCUAGAAAGCGUUUUUGUUCCAAAGAUGAUGUCUGUAUAGUAAGGUAAGAAAGCAUUGUUCAGGCAAGGUCAUUGUUUCCCUUGUUUGUGAGAUGUUCUGUAAUGGACCAACUGUUACCUUUUUUACACUUACCGCCAAUCACAUCCAAACUUUUUUUUGACUAAUUCGUGUAGAAAAGUUGAUGGAUCCCAGUUAUCACAGCAAAGUCAAAACAAUUCUUGUGGAAAAUUUAUAAACUCAGCGUAUCUUCAGUUUAUUAAGACUAACAUUGUUUAUUAUUGUGAAUUAAUCAUAUGCUUUCAAAUUUGUUUUUAUUUGCUGAUGUUCUUUAAAAUCCCAUUGGAACUUUUAACAGAAUGUUUUUUUGGCUUGAUUGGCAUCCACCAAAUUCCACUUUGGGUGUGUGAAAUUUUGGUGCAAAGGUCAUAUGGUGUUUGUUUAAAUACUUUGAGAUUAUUGAUUUUCACAAACUAGCUGCUUGGCCUUCUUGAACAUAUCUGUUAGAUUCAUAACCUUGGGGAAACAGAAAACUGUUGUUUUAAAUUUCUAGGUUUGGGGAUUUCCUUAUGUCUUUUGUUUUUAAGGGAUGAUAUAACGGUAUGUAAGGCUGUUGGUAUGCCUUCCUCUUCCUCUCUGGAAAAAAGCAGUGUCAGGACCCCUUUAUGCCAGGCUGCAAUUUCAUCAUCUCCAAGACCAUUUUCACCUUCAUCCAGGUUUGUAUAUUGUAGUCCUGGAAACCAGGGCCGGGGAUCGGGAAUUUUCCUUGGCUACCGCAAAAUCUCUGGUUACCUUCACAGAAACAAAAGGAAAGCAGAACCAAAAGAACUUCCUAGCUGCUCAGUUCCCCAACUACAAAUUGCAUAUACCCAGCAAUUUGAAAUCUUAGUUAGGGCCCUGCCUGAAAACAAAUGAUUAAAUCAUAAUAUUCAGACAGUGUCUAAGUGUACAUUCAUUAGAUAUGACAUACUGUGACUAUUUCCCUGAUUUGGAAAAGAGUGUUUUCAUGUAGGUGGUUACAUGGCUUUUUGCUGAUGAAGUUAGUUAAAUUACUGCUGAUAGCUCACUGGAAUGUUACAGAACCCAAGUUACAGAAGUUGUGGCCAGCUUUAUGUCUUGGAGCAUUGCACGGUGAAAAGUGAAGCAUUGCUGGAAUAUACAUGGAACUCUUCAUAGUCCAAAUAUUUUGUAGAUACUAAAAUGUCGUGGGGGUGUUGUUUAAUCCAAAUGGCACAAGUAUGAUGAAAUGUAUAUGGUGCGUUACAUAUUCCAAGUGGCAUGAACCUCCUUAAAGGUAGUUGGCAAAAAUCCCAAUAGGCGGGUGAAAUAAUGAAAUUUUCUCCAUAUGGCAUGUCCAUACAUGUAACAAACUGAAACUAACUAUAGCUGAAUAGAACAGUGGCCCUCAAACACCGUUUCAUUCCAAGCAUUACAUCUACAUCCAUUGUCAAUGAGUUUGAUGCCAUAUACCCAUGGGACAAUGCUGCAAGAAAACUCAGAUUACCUGAGCUUAUAUUUUUCAUUUUGAGUAAAUUUUAGGUUUUAUUAACUGUAAACUGACUUAUCUGGUUUGGUUGCAGCACUUUUGAAAGAGUCCACAGACGCAUUUCUUCUUCUUUGUCGGGACCUUGUUCGGUUAGUUUUAAUUACAUAAUUUAUCACUUAGUGGUGGUUGCUGUUAAUUCAAAAAUCACAUUCAACAGUUUUGAUUCUAAAGAAAAAUGGUUUUCCAUUGUUACUUAUUCUUCAUUUGUUUAAAUUUUCUUUAUGUUGCAACUGUUGAUGGAAGUAGCAUCUUCUCAGUAUUUGUUCUCUAUUUCAAUCCUCCUACACUCCUCUCUAUUUCUUUAAUGAACAGUUGUUAAGUGGUCCAUCUUUCCGGGGUUGUGUAAACAGACUAGAAAAGGGAUUGAUAUGGGUCAUCAGAACAGAGACACCUGCUUUGAGCAGACACUGAUGGGACUGUCUAUUGUCCCCUUAUAGGGGUGUCUACUUACCCAAGAAUUGUUUCAUGGAAAAUGUGUGGGACAUUCGAAAGGUGACCAGCUCACCUCCCUCUCGUCUACUUUACCUUAUGCAGUAUAGUUAAUGCAGGUGUCAGGAUAACUGGCCUAAGCUAUUGUGGCAUCCCUCUCAGUCUAGAUAAGCUAGUAAAAUGAUUAAAUGUGAUAUUUCUGAGCAAGUAUAUAUUUGAAACAUGGUGUUGCCUUUUGCAGUCAUCCCCUUCCACUGGUUCUUCAUCAGUUAUGCCAUUCUCCAGUGGCUUGAAUCCUGCAACUCAGUGUAAAAGCAGUGGGGACAAGCCAGUGGGGCCAAAGUGUGGUGCUUGUGGAGAAAUAGGUCAUAAUAAAAAUUCCAAGAUAUGUCCACAGUACUUCUCUGAAGAAGCUGUUCAGAGAAGAGAGGUAUUGAAAACAGCAGUAAAGUAGUUAUGAAGGUGCUGGGGGUCUGAAGGAGUUUUUUUAGUUACAGCAUGAAAAGUCUUCAUUGCAGCUGAACUAUUUUGUUUCUGUUAGAAACUGUUGGAUUAUGUUUAAGAACGUUGAUUGACAUUGAUUCUUUUUCAUUGAUUUGAAAGCGUUAUUUCAAACCAGUUUUUUCAGUUGAAUCGAAGUGAGAUAGAAGUUUGUAGUCUGUUUAUAAGUCCGCUUACCUGAAGAAUGUUUAAAGAAUCUGCUAACCUGUAAAGUGCGACUGUUACAAUGACCCGCCACAGGAGUUAGUUUACAUUGAAGUUUUCUGAAUUUAGCUACAAGAUUAAGACUAUAAAUGUAUUUCUUUAGAUCGAAUGAUAAUUAUUAUUGAAGCUUGACUUGAUGUUAUGCGGUUUGUGGUGGUCAUUUGAGCUAACCAGUUCCAAGGGAAACAAACAAAAUGAUAACCCUGCAACCUUCCUUUGGGAAAGUUGGCCUUCUAAGUGGUUCUUUUCACAGAAUAUUGUAUCCCAUAAUUGUCUGAGGCUUGUUUGAACACUAGAUAAGAAAAAAGCAAAACUUUUGGUUACAACUUGAAAUAGAUAACUUUACAAAGUUUUAUGUAAUAAAGCCACUUUUCAUUUUACCAGGAGCAAUCAAGGAAAAGAAAGGCAAAGAGAGAAGAGGAGGAGAGGGAAGUCAAUGAUCAGUUAGGUGCUCUGGUAUGUGAUGUACAUAUUGAAUUAUUCAUGUGUUCUACAGUGUUGUUAGUAGCUAGUAGUAGUGAACUUUAUUAACGUGUCAAGAAACUCUAGCGCAUAGCACAAAUAAUUGGUGACACAAAAAUAAAAAUAAAAUAAAUAUAUAAAUAAAUAAAAAACAAAUAUUAAAAUAGUGUUAAAAUAACGUUAAGAUAGAAAAGCAAAUAGUAAAAACUACGGAGGUUAAAAAUGUAAACCUAUUUACACGUAAAAAAAAGAUGUAUGUACAUGAUAAAUUUUGCUUUGUAACAUAGGGUCUCAAAGUUAGUUAUUACAAAGCAUGCAAUUUCUACAGCCAUCUUCAAAUAAGGCAGUCAGGACUGUUCUCCUAAUUUUAGUCUUACGUUUGCACAGACUGUCCUCGGCACAUAAUUACUUUGUAAGUUUCGACCAGACCAGUAUCUUAAAGAAUGCUUUCUAUAUUUGAUCAUAUUUUCUAUAUUUGUUGUUUAUUCCAUUGUAUUUCUAGACAAAACCACAGACAGCAUAAUCAAAUAAACAAGUUAUGUAAUUUGUAAUAAAUAGUUACAUUUUAAUGAGUCCCUCCUAAGAACAGUCCAAGGGUUGAAAGAUCACAACAAUUUAACUUUUUUUUCAGGCCGCCCAAAGAGUGUUAAUUGAAGACCGGACCCGAGUGUUAGCAGAGGAACAAGAACAACUUCGUCAGCAGCUUCAGAACAUGGCAAAUACACAAAAGAAAGUUGAAGAUGCUAUAAAGAAAAGAAGAAAGCGGUAG